GAACGAAUGUCCAAGCACAGAUACUAGUCGGAGCGUAAAUCUGACACACCGGAAAUUUAGAUAGUCGCUUCUGGUGAACGAAGUGAAUACAGACAGACAGCUUCACUGCUUACAUUUUCCUUACGCUAAACACACGCAGUUCCCCCCAAUUCCCCCACGCAUGGCGUUCAACGCUAGUAUUGAUGUGGAGGGUGCGACACAGCAUCUCCGGGACAUUCUGAAGCUCGACCGCCCAGGUGACAACACUGAUGCAGAAUCAGGUGAUGGUCAAAGAGGAUUGUCCUUUAAUGGAGAGCUGAACGGAUUAUUGGGAGCAGCAGGUCUUCUUGGAAGUGGCGACUUGCCAACCAUGUCGGACUCGACCAGACCUAUCUCCGCAGUUAACAGCAUUGCUCAAGAUAUCCAGAUAAUCCGCCUUUCUGGUGAUGAUCAGUCUACCUGUAUCCCUAUCACCUCAAACAAUGUGGAAAUUGUGGCGAGUCAGGACUCGAGCAUCAAUAGCAAAGCUCGAGGUAGCAAUAUGGUGAAGAUUCAGCCUGUUGCCAAAUAUGACUGGGAACACAAGUAUCAUUAUGGCAGACUUAUUGCUGUGUCAAAUUCCUUUAUGGCAUAUGCAAUUAGAGGAGCCAACAGUCAGGCUAUGAUACGUGUCUUGAGCUUGGGCUCUGCAGAGCGUUCCUUACUGAAAGGCUUCACGGGUGCUGUCACUGAUUUGGCUUUUGCUCACCUUGACUCGCCCCUCUUGGCUUGUGUAGAUGAAGCUGGCAACCUGAUGGUUUGGGAGCUCACAUCCAACAGCAAUACAAUACUAGAUCAGAUAGUUGUUCAUAUUCGAAGGCCACAGGACACGCCACUGAACUUACAUCGGAGGCUCAUCUGGUGCCCUUUUAUUCCGGACGAAAAUGAAGACAACCAAGAUGACACCAGUCAGACUUUGGCACUUCUGCAUGAAGACAGGGCUGAAGUGUGGGACCUUGAAGUCUUGAGGGCCAGCAAUUCUAGUUGGCCUAUCAAUGCCACAGAUUUGAAAGAAGGCCUCAUCACAGUGAAGGGAUAUACCCAGCGUGUCAGUGAAGGUGCCCUAUCUCCAGAUGGAACAGUUUUAGCCACAGCCAGUCAUGAUGGCUACAUUAAAUUCUGGCAGAUAUAUAUAGAAGGGGGGCAAGACAAGCCAAGAUGUCUACAUGAAUUGCGUCCUCAUGGUGGGCGUCCCCUUUCUUGCCUUCUGUUCUGUGACAACCACAAACGACAGGACCCCGAUGUUCCAUUCUGGCGGUUUCUUAUAACUGGAGCAGAUCAGAACCAAGAAUUAAAGAUGUGGUGUACUGUUUCCUGGAGCUGUUUGCAGACCAUCAGGUUUUCUCCAGAUCCAGUGAACAUGGCAGUUCUGCCAAGUUUGAAGGCAAGUUUGGACUUGUCUGCGGAAUAUCUCAUCCUCUCAGAUGUACAGAGGAAGGUACUUUAUGUGAUGGAGCUGACACAAGAUAUAGUAAAAGGCAAGGCAGCUUUCACUGCGGUGUCAGAGUUUCUACUCACCCAUCCCGUGCUUAGCUUUGGAGUUCAAGAUGUUGCACACAGCCGUUUGCGACACACUGAAGUGCUUCCUCCAGAGGAGGAGAGUGAGAGCGCAACAACAGAGGGCAUUCAAGGACCCACAGAGUCCAAAUCGGGCAUCCAGAUUAAACUCUACUGUGUUCAUACCAAGAGUCUGCAGGAUGUUCAGAUCUGGUUCCAGCCCAAUUCAAGCUCCAACUCUACAAGCCUGCCCCAUGCUGAUCCUCCAGAUUGUUUUGGUUUUUCAGACCAUCUGACAGACCAAAGUUCUGACAAGGACUCAGAGAGUGGGUCCCAAACUGACCUAAGGAACAUGCCUUCACUUCCUGCUCCUGCCGACUUCCUGUCAAACACAACCAAUGGCAAUGGUGAAAUGCCAAAACUGAUGACUCCCGAUGCCUUCAUGACACCAAGCACUUCGGUGCCUGCAUCUCCGGGCAGUAGCGCCAGCAGUUUGACAAUUAUAACUGCAAUCAGCAGCAACUCAACUGACUCAACCAAUAGAACUUCUGAUGACAUUAGUCAGAGUCCCAACCGGGCAGAUAACAGUUUGUCUCUUGCAACUUCUACUAGCAGUCCAAGACCUGCGUCCGCUGUCCUGCCAGGGUUGGAGGCUAUCCAGGCACUGUCAUCCCAAAGCACUCCGAAUGUGCUUGACAGCGCUCAGGUUCUUGAUGCUGCGCUCAUGCCACCCCUUACCUCCCCAACCAGGGCCCGCUCUCCCGACGUUAUCUCCUCAGCCUCCACAGUCAUGCCGCAGGAUAUUCCAGAGAUUGCAUCUCAGACCCUGCAGGUUCAGCGCGGGCUUAUGUCCACUUUGGACUCCUUACCACUGUCCGCUCUUCAGACUGAUAGUAUGGCCUCUGCUGCCUCUGCACUUCACUUGCUCACUUCACCACGAUCAGUCAGCAGCAACAGCCUGUUGCCCAUGGAGCUUGGAUGUGUAGAUGGACCUGUUGGAGAAUCUCUUGAGUUGAAGCCCAGACUUGGCCAAACACCAUCUCUCCUGGAGAACGCUUUAUCACAGGAAACCCCUGGGUUAUCAGGAGGUUCUACAGAGAACAGCAUUAGCCACACAUCUUGGCCAGCUGCUCCCGACAUCACCAGGGAAACCAGGAAUAGAGACAAUAGUCUUGGAGACUGCUCACGAGGUGAUGAUUCAAAUGACAGACUCAUUACUUCACCCUAUGCAUGCCGGUCCUAUCACCGCUCACAGAAUGACAGUCAGGACCCAGUGGCUGAGCAGAGUGACACUGAAGUUGAGGUGGCUGGUUCAGCGUCAUCUUCCGCAAAUUGUGGCCCUUGCUCCUCUCACAGGCUGACAGUUAAAGAAUGGAAGACCUCUCCUAGAGGCUCGCCAAAGCCUAAAAGGAAGAAUAAGAAAGAUGAGAGUGACCAUCCUCUAUUGAGACAAUUGGACUCUGGCCAGAUGAGUACGGAUGUGCAGCAAGAGUUGUUAAUGUUUCUCCGAGGCCAGCAAAGAGAAUUGACUGAGCUACGAGAGCAAAUUGAAGCCAUGCAGAGCUCAAUAAUAGCCCGAGUAGAAUGUGCGCUGACCAACCAUCAGGAACAAGAACAGCGUACGCGCGAGCGAGUUCUUGCAGAGACUCAAAAUCAGCAGCACCAUCAGGAGCAACUCAACCAGCAGCUAAGCAACACCCUUUCCAAUUCACUCACAAAUAGGAUGGACAAAGUUGUUCGAGAGGAGAUGAAGAAAACUGUUCCGCCAACAAUUUCGAAGAGUCUGGAGCCAGUGACCUCUCAGCUGAGCAACACGAUUUCUUCCAAGCUGACCUCUGUAGAGGUCACCCUGAAGGACAAUGUCAUCAAGGUUGUUAAAUCCAAGAACACAACAGAUGCAAUUGGUCGGGCUGCUGCAGAGGCUAUGCAAGGUCCCAUCCAGGCUGCUUACAAAGAUGCCUUCCAAAGCACUGUGCUACCUGUUUUUGAGAAAGGCUGCCAGUCAAUGUUUCAGCAAAUUAAUGACAGUUUCAAGCAAGGAACACAAGAAUAUAUACAACAGCUUGAGUACCAUGCAAAAAGUAGGAAACAAAGAGAGCAGGAAACACGUGACCCCAUGAUUGACCAACUCCAACAUAUGAUUGAUGGCUUCCAAAAAUCGACUGAUCAGCUGGCUAAUACGAUCACGACGAACAUCAGGGCUGACAUCCAACAUCAGUUCCAGAUGUUGGUAGGAAAUUUGCAGGAAUCAAUUCUUGGUCAUGUACAGCGGAUUGUCAAAGGUGAGGUGACCCUGGCAAUGAAGGAGCAGCAGGCAGUGGUCACCUCAAGCAUUAUGCAGGCAAUGAGGUCUGCAGCAGGCACCCCAGUCCCGACAGCACAUCUGGACUACCAAACACAGCAAGCUAAUAUCCUUCAGCACCUUCAGCAGGGACAACUUAACCAGGCAUUUCAACAGGCUCUGUCAGCAACAGAUCUGAAUUUGGUGUUGUACGUGUGCGAGACCAUCGACUCCCAGCAGGUGUUUGGACAGCAGCCCUGCCCUCUCAGCCAACCUGUCCUGCUGUCACUCAUACAACAACUUUCAUCAAACCUCAACACGCGCUCUGAUCUCAAAAUCAGCUACUUGGAGGACGCAUUGAUGAACCUUGACUCCAGUGACCCUCGAACGAGGGAUCACAUGUCUUCCGUGCUGUCACAGGUUAGACCGAAGCUCUCUGCGUUCAUGCUGCAGGACCCCCACAGCCCUCUUUCCAAGAAAGCAAGGCGCCUCAUGAUGAUGCUCCAAGGACUCGUUAACCAGUAGUUUAUUUCAAAUCGCAUUCCCAAGAAAGGAUUUUUGUAGACAUUCUGACGUUUCAGUUCCAUUUUUCUCGUGUGUUGUUCUUCUAUUAUAUAAGCAUUUAUCUUUAUUCAUUGUUUGAAAUGACAAACCCUGUGAAAAAGUAUUACAUUGUUUUGACAUUUGUUACUGAAAUGCUAUCCGAAGUUUUUCUUUUGAAAACUGGAUGUGCAGUUACCGCUCACGGGUUUGAGAGGGCAAGCACCCUAUUGAAGUGCAUUCUCUUGCUGCUCAUUGAGACUGCUUAAGACACCACAAUCUCUGUUAGCUAAUGUUCACCCAUUUUGUGUGCAUCUUAUUUACAAACACCAGUUUGCUGAUGGGUCAUUGUUUUUUCUGGCAGUAGAAGUCUUGUUAUUUUGACUUUUUCUUUUUAUAUUUAAGGUGAAGUUCUAGCAAGUGCCUUACUGCAUUUUAUCCAAUUUUACAUGGAUGUUCAAACACGUUUAGACCUUUCAGGAAGUUCUAAAAUAAAGCAUUAAAGUGGCUAUA